AUGCAGUAAAUGAAUUCUGGUGGUGGUAGCCUUAAACUAACCAUCAUUGAAGGUAAACUUUCAAGAGACACUGAAGUAUUUUCUAAAAUGGACCCAUAUUGUGUCGUUGAAUACAAUGGAAACAAGUACAAAACUGUUACUCAUUAAAGUGGUGGAAAGCUUCCUAAAUGGAAUCAUGUUAUAAACUUCAAGCUUGGUGGCAUGUAAGAUGAGAUCACUCUAAAAGUAAUGGAUGAAGAUUUGACUUCAGAUGAUUUGGUAGGCACAGCUUUAAUCAAAGGAUCAUCUCUCUGCAUUAAUAAUGGAGUUAGAGAAUGGUUUAGUAUAUAAUACAAAGGUAAAUCUGCUGGAAGUGUUCUGCUUGAGACUGUAUUCACUCCAGAUGGAAUGUAGUAGUAACCCCAAUAUAAUAUGUAAAAUAUUGGAAAUCAAUAUCAGAUGCCACCAGCUGGAUUCCAAAUGCCAAUGAUGGAUCCUUCCUAAAAUAUGUAGUAAUACAGCAUGGCUCCCUAAAUGUUCAAUUAGCCGAUGAGCUAACCUGCUAUGGGUCAUUAACCACAAAUGCAAAGUAUGCCUAUGAUGUAGCCAAACCAUUUUCCUCAAUCUUACGCUCCUGGCUACUAAAUGCCUUAAGGAUACAAUCAUGCCCCAGGAAUUUAAAUGGGAAUGCACUAUGCUCCUCCUCCUCCAGUCUAUUAAAUGCCUCCAGGAUAUAUCCCUUAAACAACAACAACUAUCUUAGUGACUGAUCCUCAUCAUCAUCACUAUGAUCAUCAUAGCCAUCAUAGCCAUCACGGCCAUCACGGUGGCCAUCAUGGAGGACAUCAUGGUGGACAUCACGGAGGACAUGGAUUUUUCAGUAGUCAUGGACACCACGGUCAUCACUGA